AAGUUUUAGGUCUCGUAGAUUUCCUUAUUCAAUUCUUGAGAGUGCCGCUUUCACUGUUCAAGCCUAGCUAUUUCAAAAUCACCUUCAUUACCUCCCGGAAUGGAAGCUCCAGUUGUUGAACACCCCAAAAGGGCCUAUGGACUACAAAAUAAUGCAUGUGGAACAUGUGCUAAAGCAAAGGUAAAAUGUAUGCCGUCUGAUCCCGUUGGCAACAAAUGCUAUCGCUGUCAACGACUUCGAAAAGAAUGCGAACCCCCAAAUAAACCGAAAAAACGACUUAAAGCUACCUCCGUGGCUGGACUCGAGAAGAAAUUAGAUGAUAUCGUUACUAUUCUGAGUACUUCGAAUCAUAUACCGAAAGCAUCAAUUGUACAACGUCAGGAUGACAUUCCGACGAACACUAAGUCCAUUGAUCCACCAUACUUACAAUCUCAGAAUGACAUUCCAAUGGGUAUCAAAUCUAUGGAUCCGCCACACUUGCUAGACCAUGUUACUGAACAGAUCCCAAACGACGAGACAUCAAUGUGUUUCGGUGAUAAUCUCAAGACCCCAUCCACUAGCAACCGCGUGGAUACAGAUUUAUAUCCAUCAUCGACAACUAUACCCCCCGUAAUCGAUCUUGAUGAUGAUUACGCACAUGCACUACUGGCCAUUUUCAAAAGCGACAUGGCUCCAUACUGUCCGUUCGUCCUCAUACUUCCGAAUAUCUCACCUCGCCAAUUUCAAGCAGAGAGACCAUUUUUAUGGAAAGCUAUUAUCACAGCUGCAUCUCACCGAAAUCCAACUUUUCAGGAUGCUUUUGGAAUUCGCUCUUUCGAGAAUUUUAUAACUGAAUUGUUGUUAAGAGGUCAGACUGCUAGUCUAGACAAAUUGCAAGCUUUGCUUGUUCAUCUUGGAUGGUUUCAUUACCAAUCUAUCAUAAACAAUCAAACAUUCAAUUUGAUUUACCUUGUGAAGUCAAUGGUGACAACACUUGGUCUUCAACGAUCAUUAAAGCAAGGUGCGACUAUGGAGAAGGUAUCGGUUGAUGGUACUCGACAAGCCAAUAAAGAUAGAUUGAGUAGUCGGAGACUUGAGGAGCUCCGGGCUUACGCAGGAUGUUUCUAUGCUACCUCAAUGAUGCCCCCAGGUAGUAGCGUUGAAAGUAUGAGAUACACUGUCCAGCUCGAAGAAGCAUGUAAAACGGUAGCCGAAGCAGGAGAGUUCCAGAGCGACAUAAUUCUUUUCCAUCUAGUAAAGCUGCAACAACUCACGAGGAAAAUCAAACACACAUUCUUCAAUCUCGAAGUGGGAUUCGGUCCUCGUAUCGUUCCGCAAAAGAUGUGUAUGGACUUAUUGCAGAGGGAACUAGAAACUUUCAAACACGAGCUACCAGAAAAUCUAAAAUCCCACUUCCUCAUAUCAAUCAACUACAGCAUUGCCGAAAUCAAUCUCUACGAAGCGGGCUUAAACGAUGCCGACUUCACAACUUCAGAUAGUCUCGAGCGACUCAGUAUCCUCAACUCCUGCCUAAUAUCCGUCAAAACCUUCCUCGACGACAAAGUCACUCAAUGGAUCGACUUCUCCAUCGCAGCUGCCUAUACCACCUGGGUCCAAGUCGGCUAUGGCAUUCUAGUCGCCCUGAAACUCUGCACCUGCAAAGCCGACGGUUGGGAUCGAGAGCACGCCCGCUCUGCCCUAAACAUCCAACACACGAUUGAUUUCCUCAUUGCAAAACUCAAGAUCAUCAUCUCCAUUCGAGGCAGAAGUCCAGAACUCCAAUCCCAACCCCAAUCGCCAAACCUAUCCACCACCACCACCCCCGAAAAAGACAUCUUCAUCCGCUUUUCCCGCCAACUUCUCCGCAUCAAAAGCUUGUACGAAGCAAGUCUCCACCCGCACCCCUCCAACUCAUCCCCCGAACCCGAAGAAGAAAUCCCUCAACCCUUUAACCAACACGAUGAAUCGACCACAGCACCACUUGUGAUACCGGAAAGUCACCUGCAAGAUGAGUUUUUGAUAGGUUUGGAUGAUAAUUUUUGGCUGGCCUUUCCCAGUGCGGAUGAUGGGUUUUGGAAUCUCCCGGAUGUUGCGUUGUGAGAUGUUUUAUUCGCGUGUUCUUCUGACGGAAAUCGGGUUUUGCAUAUAGGGAUAUAGGAAUAGUUUUGAAGGAUUGCGUAUUUCACGAGUGAAGUAUGUAGAUAGAAUUUCCCAGCAUUCAAACUCAAAUAUGAAUCCGAAUCUGAAUCUGAA